UUAAUUACAAUUUCGACAAUAAUAUUUGGAUAUAAUGUCCUACACACAAGUGUAAAAACGUCUGCACACAAAACUAAUUAAAGUGCAAAUAUUGACAGGAAAUAAAAAAAUACAGGACAGUACCCUGAAGAUAAUGAUGCCAUCUGUAUCCGUUCCGCAGCAGAGGAAACUGUAUUUUAACAAAAGGAGAUUUUCUCUUUAAGGUCCUCCUCACACCGCCCACGUGAAACAAACCUUCUCAACUCUCCUCCCCAAUCUCCCUGCGCCCACGGUGCUGUGUGCAUGAUCUGAGAGUGGAAAAAUAAUCCUUGCUAGUACACCGCCUUCUGAAUUCUCCCUCUCCUGGCGGAAAGCAACCGAGCAGAGCAACCGCUACCCCGCUUUCGGUUCGGACAUGGUCCCCGGGAUCCGGAGAUGAGGCUCCGAAAUGGCACCUUCCUGACUGUCUUCUUGUUCUGUCUUUGCGGCUUCAUCUCGAUUUCCUGGUACACUGCAUUCAGCAACCCGAAAGGUGAUGUGGUGGACAUCUACCAGCGGGAGUUCUUGGCACUGAGGGACCGGCUCCACACUGCGGAGCAGGAGAACGUGAAGCGAUCCAAGGAGCUCAACCUGGUCCUGGAUGAGAUCAAGAGGGCUAUUGCUGAGAAGCAGGCACUGAGGGACAUCAACCACACCUGGAGCAGCUUGUCAGAUGAAACCAAGCUGAAGCUGUGGAACGUCACCAAUAAGAAUGUGCUUCAGCUGCCCACCAUCUUCCACCACCUCCCCCACCUGCUGGCAAAGGAGAACAGCCUGCAGCCGGCCGUGCACGUGGGCCAGGGGAGGACAGGAGUGUCGAUAGUGAUGGGAAUCCCCAGUGUGAAGAGGGAGGUCCACACCUACCUGACAGACACCCUCAACUCACUGAUGUCGGAGCUCACUGUCGCCGAGAAGGAGGACUGUGUCAUUGUGGUGUUUAUCGCUGAGACAGAUCAGCAAUAUGCAAACAGUGUGGCAGACAACUUGAAACACCUGUUUCCUAUUGAGAUCCAGUCUGGCCUCCUGGAGAUCAUCUCCCCCUCUGUGAACUUCUACCCUGACUUUUCUCGACUGAAGGAGUCGUUCGGAGACCCCAAGGAGAGAGUCAGAUGGAGGACGAAACAGAAUCUUGACUACUGUUUUCUAAUGAUGUAUGCCCAGUCCAAGGGGACAUACUACGUGCAGCUGGAAGAUGACAUUGUGGCUCGACCCAACUACUUCACCACCAUGAAAAACUUUGCGCUGCAGCAGCCCUCCGAGGAGUGGAUGAUCCUGGAGUUCUCCCAGCUCGGCUUCAUAGGGAAGAUGUUCAAGUCCCUCGACCUAUCUCUCAUAGUGGAGUUCAUGCUGAUGUUCUACAAGGACAAACCCAUUGACUGGCUGCUGGACCACAUCCUGUGGGUCAAAGUGUGCAACCCAGAGAAGGAUGCAAAACACUGCGACAGGCAGAAGGCAAACCUUCGAAUCCGGUUCAAGCCAUCCCUGUUCCAGCACGUGGGGACACACUCCUCCCUCGCCGGCAAAAUCCAGAAGCUGAAGGACAAGGACUUUGGGAAGCAGACUCUCCACAAGGGUCACGCCAACCCUCCUGCUGAGGUGACCACCAGCCUUAAGACUUACCAGCACUUCACCUUGGAGAAGGCUUACCUGGGGGAGGACUUCUUCUGGGCCUUCACUCCCGUGGCAGGCGACUUCAUCCGCAUCCGCUUCUUCCAGCCUGUCCGCAUAGAGAAGUACUUCUUCCGCAGUGGAAACAUUGAGCACCCCGGGGACAAGCUGUUCAACACUACAGUCGAGGUCCUUCCUUUCGAUAAUAUCCAGUCUGAUAAAGAAACUUUGAAGGAGGGGAGAGAGAAAGCCCCCAAGUACCAGCGAACAGAAGAUGGGUUCAUCCGAAUUGGCACUUUCUUGAAUGGCAUUGCGGAGGGUGAGGUUGACCCCACCUUUGGACCCUUGGAGGCCAUCCGUCUGUCUGUCCUGACGGACUCGCCCGUCUGGGUUACCCUCAGUGAGGUAUUCAUUAAGAAGGCAGAGUGACCUCCAGCUGCAAUACCUCUGGAAAUCUUUGACCGUUCCAUGGGGGACGGAAGCCUUUGUUGUCACAACAUUACAAUCGACAGUACUUUGUUUCUUUAGCAUGUGCUGAGUGCGCCACCUGCUGACCCAAAGUUGGUAGAGCAGGAUUGUUGUCACUGUAAUCAGUGAGGACCUACCUGACUUGUAAACAAAGACAUAACGAAGAAGUGGGACCGAUUUCAAAUAGCUGUAUUUUAUAAACUGUAAUUAUGUGUAUAUAAAUGUAUGUUGAGAAUAAAGGAAACUUGUAAUUACACUGGUGAUAACAAUGGGCUAGCUGGAUAGCCCAGACUAUUAAAAAAAAUUAAAUAAGAAUGCUGCUUGGGGAUGGAAGACUUGGUUCAAAAUACAGUAAUGUAAUAAUGUAAAGGUUACCCACUGACUUACAAACUGACUGCAUCACCUUUAAUGAUCAAACCUUUACCAGUUACAAUAUUUUAAACCAAUCAAAACAUGAUGUUGUCCUUUUGCCAAAUUAUAAUUUAGUUUUGUAUUAUUAUUUUAAAUACACAACAUAUAAAAAAAGCCUUUUCAAAUCAACUCUCUCACUGCCAGAUAGCAUUAUAUUGUGACAUGGUGACUAUUAUUAUUAUUAUUAUACAAGGUCUAGAUGUAACAGUUAUAUAAAGGCACAUUCAUUUUAUGGAUCUGGUUUGCUGUAAAGUGAAUAAAUGUACAUUUCUGUUACUGCAGUGUAAAUCUAGUAACUAAGUGUUGAAAACCAGCCCUACGUUUAAAAUAAUAUUAAAAAAAAAAAAAAAACAA